GCAAGAUGGCGGAAGGAGACAGUAACUACGCUUCGCAAACGGAGAUUUUGGCCCAGUUUCAGGAUAUAACUGGUUAUGACGAUAUUGAAAAGUGUAGAACUGUUCUCGAGCAACAUAACUGGGAUAUCGAGACAGCAGUACAAGAUACACUGAAUGAAGCAGAAGGUGCCCAGCCAGUGUUUCACCCACCGCAAAAUUCAUUUGAAACUAGUGAUGAAGAUGAAGUGGAUAAUAAUGUAAAUGGAAUAGCAGUAACACAAAACCAAGUCCCAACAACUGCAACAUCCACCGCAACAACAGCAGCAGCUGCACGAACAACAACAACAACAGUAGCUCAGAGACCAAAUGAGGGAUGGCUUGUUUGGUUUUUGUCUAUUCCACUGCUUCCUUUCAGAUUUGGUACCAGUAUUGUUAGAGAUCUUGUAGGAUUUAUUGUGAGACUUGUAUGGCCCAGAGCAUUUGAAGCUGAAACUACCCCAUUAGAGGAUGUUCUUAGGUUCAAAACAGAAUUUGAAGCAGAGUAUGGAACAGUGCAUCCAACAUUUUAUCAAGGAAGCUAUAGUCAGGCAUUGAAUGAUGCAAAGAGAGAGUUACGCUUUCUACUAGUUUAUCUGCAUAGUUCAGAACAUGAGGACACCAAAGAAUUUUGUAGGUCAACUAUGACAAAUGAUGGAUUUAGGGAAUAUGUGAAUGGAAACAUGUUAUUCUGGGGAGCAAAUGUGAAAUCUCAAGAAGGUUAUAAAGUCUCACGUGCUCUUCGUGAAACCACAUAUCCUUUUCUGGCCCUAAUUUGUCUCCGAGAUAACAGAAUGACGGUUGUUGGGCGAAUGGAAGGGCUGAUGAAUGUUGAUGGGUAUGUUUCACUUCUUGCUCGAUUGAUAGAGGAUAAUGAACCAGCUUUGGUUGCAGCACGAGUUGACAGACAAGAACGCACUCAAGCUCAACAGCUACGCGACGAGCAAGACGAAGCGUACUAUGAAUCCGUUAGAGCUGACCAGGAGAAAGAGAGAAAAAAGCGAGAAGAGGAAGACAAAAAACGACAAGAAGAAGAAAAUAAACGCAAGAAGGAAGAAGCACGACAAAACAGAGCAGAGUCCAUAGCACGGGAGCGUGUUGAUAGAAAACUGAGAGUUCCCGAAGAACCGGAAAGUUCCCACCCUGAUGCUAUCCGCGUGGUAAUGAAACUGUCCAAUGGUAAACGACUGGAGAGGAGGUUUUUGAAGUCGCAUCCCUUGCAGGCGUUGUACGAUUUUGUAUUUUGUGAUGAAGAGUCCCCGGCAGAAUUCGUCUUGGUGUCAAAUUUUCCACGUAAAGUGUAUGCGCUCGACUCGUCAAGCGAAGAUCAAACACUUGAAGAUGCUGGCAUCGAGACAAAUGCAAUGCUGUUUGUGCAAAAUGUAGAAGAUGAAAGUGAUAGCGAUUGAAAACUGUUGGUGAAAAAAAAAUGUUGCCGCACGGGUUUGAAAGGCAUUUUAACUACUUGCAGUGUGUUGGACACUUGAAUAUCUGGAACGCAAGGGGAGCGAUUGAUUUAAAAAAAGUUAAGAGAACGAGAAUAAAAAAAGAAAAACAAACAACAAUUAUUUUUAAGAACCGGAUAGAACGCCAAGCGGAAGAGGUUAUUGACUACACAAGACACAAGACACAAGAUCGGUACCACACGGUAAUGCGCCCGGACUAAGGAUGUUCCAUUUACUAGGUCGCUUAAAGAUUUCAAGGACAGGAGUAUCCAACGAAAACAGUAUGCCCCAGGGAAUGGAAUCCCACGGAACUGGAGUGAUUGGUUCGUAAAGGCAUUUCAAUACAACUGUGUAUUUCGUGUUCAGCGUGAGAGCCUUAUACUUGAUUUAUUUGUGUUAACUUAUUUUAUAUCUAUUUGAACUGAACUGCAUUAUUUGGGGAAUUUUAUCACGAAUAAAGCUAGCUUUUAUGGUCUUAAA